GAGCAGGCCCGUGCAUCAACACGCCGCGCGGAGCGUCUGCAGGCCUCCCCGCGAUCGACCUCGACCUGCUUCAGAAGCAGCAGGCCGAGAGGAUGGCGAGCAGCGCGAGGUCGGCGAUGACCCACGAGGAGCGGCGGUCCGCCCGCGAGUCGGCGAGGAGCGCAUACAGGCCAGGCAGGGAGCCAGACUGGCUGAAGAACGACAAGAAGGUCUUGCACUUCUACGCCUAUCACCGCGAGGCGGUGCACGAGGACUCGCGAGAGGCCGUCCGGGUGCGUAGGUGCACCAUCGAUUUCUUCUUGGAGGACGGCUCUAUGUGCAUCUGCGAGCCCAGACAGAAGAACUCGGGGCUUCAGCAAGGCACCGUCGUCAAGCGGCACAAGAUUCCCAAGUCAGAAGGAGGCGGCUUCUACUCCCAGAAGGACCUGGCCUGUCGCACCACGGUCAAGAUUUACUCUCACGCGUACCGCAUCUACGACUGCGACGAGUUCACGCGCCAGUACUACGAGCAGGCCGGAGGGGCGCAGCCGCCGCCGGAGGCGCUCCCGGACGACCUGCUCGCCAUGGAGGCCACGCGGCGCCCACAGGGGCAGAGCGCCGCCGAGGCCAUGGACGAGGCGCGCAAGCAGGAGAACCUCGACAUCCAGCAGUACUACGAGAGCCUUUUCGGCGGAGGCAAGAAGAAUCGGGGUCUCGAGAAGUACCUCGAGAACGACCGCAAGGUGCUUCGCUUCCACUGCAUUUGGGACGACCCGACGUCUUUCGGCGUGCGGAACUUCUUCACGAUGCACUACUACCUCGCGGACGAGACCGUAGAGGUCAACGAGGUGCUUAAGAAGAACAGCGGGAGGGGCCCUUGGCCAGUGUUCUUCCAGCGCGGUCGCUUGUACAAGAACCCGCACGUGAACCCGACGCCAGGCAUGAUCUCGCCGAAGCAGGUCGCCUACCAGGCCGAGGAGCUGCAGGUGGGCACCACCGUAAUGAUAUACGGGCGGGAGCUGUUCAUUUACGAUUGCGACGAGUUCACACGGAACUUCUACGCCGAAGAGCACGGCAUAGAGCAGGGCGAGUACGACGUCACGGUCCCGGUCGAUGACCGUGGCGGUGGCGCCGCGGCGGGCGAGGCCCCAGAGGCCGCUGCCGUGGCGGGCGAGGCUCCAGAGGCACCAGCUGCAGUGAACGAGGGCGAGGCUCCAGAGGCACCAGUCGUGAUAGUUGGUCAGGCUCCAGAGGCACCAAUCGCUGAGGCGCCCGCCGCUGUGGAUCUCAGCAGUUACCCUUCAGAGCUCGCAGUUCCACGGGUGGUCAAAUUCAGAAGAUGGUCCAGAGAGCACAUGCAGCAUAUGAGAGAGGCGUUGGCCAAGAAACGGAUGGCAAAGCUCAGGAGCGACCUGGUCGACGCACGGCGCUCUCACAGAGAUUCGAUUCAGGCGAUCACCACCUUGCUUCCAGAUGCGAGCAAGUUGAUUCCACGGUCGAAGGCUCAUGCGAUUGGGAGGAGACGUAAGCCGCUGGAGCCAUGCGAUGUGUCGAUUGCGUGUCGUGCAGCCCACCUUCCGAAGACAGCCAAGCUCGCCCUCGGAGUGAAGCACACCAGGCUUGUGCUUGCGUGCGCUCGUGUGAUAGAGGCCAGGCAGGAGUUCGCGAUCGGCGCGAUGCUGAAGAGCGCUCGUUCUGCCACUGGUCGUCGACAGGACGGCGCCCAUCAGCCAUCUCCCCGCGGUGUUCACGUCACGUAUGCGCACAUGUGGGACGAGGUUGCCACUAAGUUCAGGUGGGAGCCGUCGAAGUUUCGGUUUGACGACGGCGAGCAGAUGAAUACCAUCAGCGAUCAUGUCAAAUCCUUCACGUUUAUGCCCGUUGCGGACAAAGCAGGUUCCAACGUUGCGAUCAUGAAGCACUGGGGCCAGUUGCAUGAGUCUGAAACGCUGUCGUUGCCCAGGUAUCCGAAGAUCUUGUACUGGCCCGAAGUACGCGGGAUACAUUUGCAUCACAGGGCCAAGCUCCAGGUGAAAGGGAUUCGAUCUCAUGUCAUGCGCCAUUGCGGUAUCGCUCAGAUCCAGAAGCUUCAGAAGACAAUGACGAGAGUCACACGGGCAGUUGAGGUUUUGGCGAGGAAACGGUGCAAACGAAAGGUCGGCCCUUCGCCAGCUGGCGACGACACGUUUUUCAAUGUGAUCAACACGUUCUUUGAUUUCAUUGCCAAGCAUCAUGAGCGAAAAAACGGUGGCCAUUCGCAACAGUGGCACGAUCUCCGUGAACUUUGCAGCUUGGUGAACGGCAGCUGGCGCGACAAGGAGUGGGUUCACUGGUGCCACGACGCCGGCACGGGGCUGCCAUGCUGCAGGAGCGAAGCAGAGUGCAAGGAGAAGGUCACCAUCGCGGUGUGCAACGCCACGUGGGGGAACCAGGACAAGGUGCCAGCGGAGUCCAGGUGGGCGAACACCCUGGCGAACUUCAAGCAGUCGCUCGUCCGUCGUCAAAUUUACCGCGUUGGCGUUGAUAGCUUCUGCUUGGACUUGGAGUGCGAGGCAGGCGACGGCGACGCGGGCGAUCACGUGAAGCUCGAUGGUGAGAGUAGGGGCGAGUUCCAUGCCAUGGUCAACAGGCUUAGGAAUAAAAAGAUCAAGGAGUAUUACCAGUGUGACGAGAACUUUUGGCAGCUUGGGGUCGAGGAGUGCUUCGCAGUAUUGCUCGGCCUUUUGAAGUCGUGGACGAAUCGAGAGGACACUAGCGACCAUCCUUGGACUGUGUUGGAAGCCAUUGGAGCGCCAAUGGAGUCAGAGGCGUUCCAGCGCUGGACUCGAUCUCAGAUUAUUCGGCUCUCUUCUGCGCUGUACAGGAGGUACGAACUACGCCUUUCAUCGUGGCCAUACAAGCUGUAUGCGCUGAUUUCGGCAGAUGACUACACGGAGGAGCAGAGGACGAGUUUGGCCCAGGAGUUGCUCGAUGCUGACGCCGACGUGCUGGACGUCUACAGUCGCGGCAUCCGCCGCUUGUACCCCACAGUGCAACGCUUGCUGUCCUUCGACUGCUACUCCACGCUCCUGGCCGACUUCCGCAGCCACCCGUAUGGCAUCGACUUCAUCGAGAGGCUCAACAAGCAGAUGACGCAUAAGAACACCAAAUCGACCAGCGGGAAGAACAUGUCGUACGCGUGCAAGGAGGACUUCCUGCAGCAGGCGGCCGCGGUUCAUCAGCAUCGCGGCGGGUCACAUCCCCUGAAGGCCAGGUGCGGGCAGCAGGCGUCGAAGCAAGAGACUGUGCGCUACAACCCGCUGCUUGCGAGUUAUAUCGCAGGCGUCCAUAGCGACGCAGGCGGUGAUGUGCUUCCCGUUCUGGAUCCUGGCGGCGACGUCGACGCGGAUGCGAUCGUAGAGUGGAGCGGCGACAACUUCACUGCUGACGGCGUGGUGGCGACGAGGGGGGCGCUGGAUUUCGAUAUCACGUCUUUCCAGUCGCCGCAGGAGGAGGGGGGGCGCGCUGGCGCGAGCGGUUUUCUGCUCGAGCGCAAUCGAACGAGUGCAGAGAUUGAUGCAGUGAAGGAGUACUUGCCGACGUGGGGUGGGGGUUGCAGCAGUUCUCCCAUCGCGCCGCACGAGCUUUCUUCGUAUAUCAAUUCUCACGUGUGGCCCACCGAUGUUGACGUGUACGAUGCAGAUGAACUUGAAGUGGCAGUUCCGAGAGAUAGCACGUUUGACGAGGAAGGCAGCACGGAGUUGGACCUAUGGGGCCUGUUGCGGCGGGCCCGUAAUUCGAACGGAGCUGUUUCGAGGAGUCCGCGGGGGUUCGACCUCAUCGAGCGCGGCAUCUUCAACUUCAUUGUCAGCGUCGGGAAAGCCGUCGCGGACGAGGGUGACCUCAUGAUAAUGGUCGACGGCCCGUCGGUCCAUGUCGCAGGUUCGCACUGCAGGCGGCUCGCGCUGGUUACUGGCGCGACCUACAACCCCCACGUCUUCGACGUCACCGAGGUGGAGUUCGAUCGGGCCGACUUGCACUCGGCCGAGGUCCUGGAGUUGCCUUGCGACGCCGUCAUCUCGACCAGGGCAUGCAAGAUGGGGUGGAGAGAGCCGCCGCUGGGGACCCCGACUGUGUCCACGCGCACGUCAGACGAGUGGAUCGCAAAGUGCUUGGCCGAGAUGAAGGCGCUGAAGCUGCAUCGGCUGACCUACGUCGUGAUCACUCCGACGGGUUCGCUCGAGUGGUCUCGCAUCACCCAGUGCGAGUUGCUCGGCGACCUUUGGGCGGACGGCGUGAAGUCACCCUUGACAUUCGGCACUAAGUCUAGCAAGACCGACUACGAGCGCGGCACGUCGCUGAUGUCGAAGAUGUUGCGCGGGGACCCGUUCGAUGAGAAGGGCAAGGAUGCCGGCGGGGUGCUGCGAGAGGUCGAGCUGGUCGUUCUGGCAGAGGCAGAGCUGCUGGCGCGAGCUGACAUCGACAUGCGUGGUAGCGAGGAGGAACUUUCUUCUGAUGGCGAGCUCGAGGCAGCGCAUGCCAUUCCCGACCAGAAGGCCGAUGCCGACGCAGCCGAGCUUGAGGUGGACCUCGACUUCCAGAAGCACUUGGAGGAGUCACUCCGAGAAGGGGCAGAUGCCAUCGGCUUGGUUGAAGACCCAGCCGCGCCGAUUGCUCCUGCAGGUGGCGAUGAUGCAGCUCCCGAGGUUCAGCCAUGGGAGGAAGUCGACGGGCCGUCAGCAGAUGGGUAUUGUUACAGGCGCGGGCGUUGCAUUGGUCGCAUCCAGCGCGGCAGCCCCGUGGGGUCCGCGUACGUGACUUGCUCCAUCCACACGAAGUGCAAGCUCACGAUGACCGCGUCCCGCGCCCCAGAUGACGGCGUGCUCAAGCAGUGGUUAUUCGAGGUCCCUGCGCCCCCGCCUGGUGCGACAUCCGAGCAGCGGGCCAAGCUGGCGAAGAGGCACAUGAACAGGGGCAAGCGCAGGUGGUGCGCUCGUGCUCCUCCGCCGUCCAGCGACGAGGAGAUUGGCGGAGCUUGA